CAUGUCAGAUGUUUGUUUGUUUUUUCAAUAUAUCAGGGGAAGUUUUCACCUUCAAAGUGAAUAAAAAUAGCUUAAUUGAUUACUUUGAUCUACCCCUCACUAUGUAUUCAUUAAUUUUAUGUUUGCGUUACAGAUCAUCUCUCUAUUGGCUAAAUCGCAUCCAGUCCUUCCUUUACUGCAACGAAAAUGGCCUCUUGGGCAGUUUUUCUGAAGAGACUCAUUCAUGUACGUGCCCCAAUGACCAGCUCGCCUGCCUUGGCUCCUUACCGUGUAGUGUGGGAGAAGGUUCUUCCUGCCUGACCUGUGCGCCUGAUAAUCGUACCCGCUGUGGGACCUGUAACACUGGAUACAUGCUGAGCCAAGGGCUUUGCAAGCCCGAAGUGGCAGAUUCCACAGAACAUUACAUUGGGUUUGAGACUGACCUCCAGGAUUUGGAGAUGAAGUAUUUAUUGCAGAAAACGGACCGCCGGAUUGAGGUUCAUGCCAUCUUCAUCAGCAACGACAUGCGUCUCAAUAGCUGGUUUGACCCGUCCUGGCGCAAACGAAUGCUUCUUACCCUAAAGAGCAACAAGUAUAAAUCUAGCCUGGUCCACAUGAUAUUGGGAAUGUCUCUUCAAAUUUGUCUCACUAAGAACAGCACCUUGGAGCCUGUCCUGGCCGUUUACAUCAACCCUUUUGGAGGCAGCCACUCUGAGAGUUGGUUUAUGCCUGUCAAUGAGAACAAUUUCCCAGACUGGGAGCGGACUAAACUGGACUUGCCGCUUCAGUGUUAUAACUGGACGCUGACUCUAGGCAACAAGUGGAAGACGUUUUUUGAAACGGUCCACAUCUACUUGAGGAGUCGUAUAAAGUCAAAUGGCCCCAAUGCCAAUGAUAGCAUCUAUUAUGAACCCCUGGAGUUUAUAGAUCCCUCCCGAAACCUGGGCUACAUGAAAAUCAACAGCAUCCAAGUGUUUGGCUACAGUAUGCACUUUGACCCGGAAGCAAUCCGAGAUUUGAUUUUGCAACUGGACUACCCCUAUACUCAGGGAUCCCAGGAUAGCGCGCUCUUGCAGCUACUAGAGAUACGGGACCGUGUAAAUAACCUUUCUCCUCCCGGUCAGCGUCGCCUAGAUCUUUUCUCAUGCCUACUGCGCCACAGACUCAAGCUUUCCACCAGUGAAGUGAUGAGGAUUCAAUCGGCUUUGCAGACCUUCAAUGCCAAAUUGCCAAACACAAUGGAUUACGACACAACCAAAUUAUGUAGUUAACCAUCAGUGUGAAGCACAACAGAGAAAACAAACACAUCAUGGAGGCGUUUUUACAGUGCUUUUGUGGAACAGUUUAUGUCUUGAAGAGUAAAUUUAAAUUGUCUUUUCAAUAUCUGUCUUAUAUCAGUAAGUAACGUUGGAUGGCAAUUUACACCCAUGAACUUGCUGACAAAUGAAUAUAUUAUAUCUGCAAAUUUUUUUUGGCUUUGUUUUCUGAAUGAAAAUAAAUACUGACACCUGUCUAGGAGACAUUCUACUUUUUACAAUAAAUUUCAUUUGUAAUUUUAUAUGUUCCGUGGCAAUGCUUUUGUGCAUUACAUCCUCUAGAGGGAACAUAAAAAAGGAUACCAAUAAAAUUUUGUAGCUGAACAGUUAUUAAAAAGAAAUGCUGUGGGAUUCAUUUUUUCCCCCUUUCCAGAAGUGAAUAACAUCUU